ACCAGCACACCUUCCUCUCCACCUGCUCCUCUGAUCUACUCCAUCCUCAACCAAACACCAGAACCAUGACCUGCUGUGGCUGUUCAGGAGGCUGUGGCUCCAGCUGUGGGGGCUGUGGCUCCAGCUGUGGGGGCUGUGGCUCUGGCUGUGGGGGAUGUGGCUCAAAUUGUGGGGGCUGUGGCUCCAGCUGCUGCAAGCCUGUGUGUUGCUGUAAGCCUGUGUGCUGUUGUGUUCCUGUCUGUUCCUGCUCCAGCUGUGGAGGCUGUGGCUCCAGCUGUGGUGGAUGUGGCAGCUGUGGCUCCAGCUGUGGGGGCUGUGGCUCCAGCUGUUGCAAGCCUGUGUGCUGCUGUGUGCCUGUCUGUUCCUGCUCCAGCUGUGGAGGCUGCAAGCCCUGCUGCUGCCAGUCCAGCUGCUGCAAACCCUGCUGCUCUUCAGGCUGUGGGUCUUCCUGCUGUCAGUCCAGCUGCUGCAAGCCCUGCUGCUGUCAGUCCAGCUGCUGCAAGCCCUGCUGCUGUCAGUCCAGCUGCUGCAAGCCCUGUUGCUCUUCAGGCUGUGGGUCUUCCUGCUGUCAGUCCAGCUGCUGUAAGCCCUGCUGCUGUCAGUCUAGCUGCUGCAAGCCCUGCUGUUGUCAGUCUAGCUGCUGCAAGCCCUGCUGCUGUCAGUCUAGCUGCUGCAAGCCCUGCUGCUGUCAGUCCAGCUGCUGCAAGCCCUGCUGUUCAUCAGGCUGCGGGUCUUCCUGCUGUCAGGACAGCUGCUGA